AUGAACGAGCAUGGCUUCUCAAGCGGGACCAAACGACGUAGUAGCCGCACCAUCUUCAAAGAAAUUGGUCCACCAAUCUACAAGUUCAAGACCGUCCUCGACGUACUCUACGCAUUGAUCGAUGCCAUUCGAGUCCAUCAACGUAUGGUCCAACAAGCAGGAGUCCUGCACGGCAAUGUCAGCAUUAACAGUAUCAUCUUUGGGGGAGUAGUACCCGGUGCCGACUCUGAGGAAGGACGGCGAGUAUCCCUCGUCGACUUCGAUAUGUCUAUCUCCCACGACUGUUCAGAUGCGCCGCUCUCAGAUGAACAUCAUCGAACUGGCACCCGCAUGUUCCAAUCCCUCAAUGUCCUCAAAGCCUGGCGUCCACACGGCUACUUAGACGACCUCGAGUCCUUCCUCUACGUCCUCCUCUACCUCAUCUUCGCUUUCCCGACUCCGGGUGCCACCCCCACGGCCCAGGUCCAACGCGAGCUACCGAAGGAGCUCCAAGACUGGAACGCAGACAGUCUUCGCGAAGCCUUCAAGAGCAAGUCGACUUUCAUGACCUACGGAGCUUCGGACCUUCCUGUCCCUCCGAUGUGGGGACCUCACAUCUCUGCCCUCAUCGAUGACCUUUGCCACCAUUUCCAACCCAUCCGCGCCAUGUCCUCUCGCAUGCAGCAUCGGAAUCUGCCCAAAGCCCAGCGCGACAAACUGGAAGCCUCGUUCGAGAAGAAGUAUUUCGACGAUGUAGACGAGCAGUAUGACGAGGUUGUGGGAUACAUCGAGUCGGCCAUCGAGAGUAUCCUUGCGGAACAGGAUAGCGCUAAUGACUCGGAGCAGUCCACUUUGUCCGACUCCCUCUCCCACUCCAGGCCUUCGAAAGGGCGCCGGGAAGAGGGGAUCUGA